UCUUGGUUUGAGAUUUUAUGUGUUGGGUUAUGGCUGCAAAUGUUUGGCUAUUGCAGAUAUUUUUAAAAUUUGGCUGAGAUCUAAACACAUGUCAAGCUUGGACAAAUUUGUAAAGAAUAGCAAAUUUAGUGGUCAAGUUUCAGGGGCUUCAGUGACAUUUGAAUUGAAAUAAGAAAUUUUCAGUUCUGUAGAGCUUGUUCAUUGCUUGAGAUCACUUGACUCUGUAAACAAUUUUGUCUUCAGAGACAGAAAUUUGUGAGUAUAUAUAUAUUAACAAUGCCAUUAUGGGGAAUAAAUUUUGUGGAAUUACAGAAGCCCCUACUGACAAAGAUAUUAAAAUGGGCUGGUGUGGAACAAAAGCUAAUUGAAAUUGAAGAAGGAACCACCAUGAGCUGCUGGGCACCUAUAAAAAUUAGCACAAGGCCUCCAUUGGUUUUGGUACAUGGGUUUGCAGCAGAGGGAGGAGUGACAUGGCAGUUUCAGAUCAGUAAACUGAGCAAGGAGUACUCUAUUUACGUACCUGACUUGCUCUUUUUUGGGAAGUCUGUAACUGUGAGUCGGCAAAGGUCUGAGACCUUUCAGGCAGAAUGUUUGAUGACGUUGUUGAAAAAGUUGAAAGUGGAGAAAUGCGCCAUGGUGGGUCUUAGCUAUGGAGGAAUGGUGGCUUUUACAAUGGCAGAAAUGUAUCCAGAACUUGUUACCUGUCUAGUGGUCAGUGGCUCUGUGAUUGCCAUGACUGAUUCAAUUAGCCAGACUUCUCUCAACAGGCUUGGAUUUUCAAGUUUUGCAGAGCUUCUGCUUCCCACCACGGUUAAAGGCCUUAAAGCGUUGUUUUCUGUGGGGUUUUACAAGAAAAUCUGGCUCUCAGAAUUUCUCUUCAGAGAUUUUCUAGAGAUUAUGUUCAAUAACAGGGAAGAGAGAGGAGAGCUUCUAGCUGCUUUGGGUGAAAGUAACAAAGUAGCCCAAGUUCCAUCUCUUAACCAGAAAAUUCUGUUCUUGUGGGGCAAUAAGGAUGAGGUUUUCAAUCUUGAACUUGUCAAUGGAAUGAGAAAGUAA